AGUACUAAUUCCAGACCAGAGACCAGUAGCUGCAGGCAAAGAGCAAAAGAAGUGUUUACUUUAAGCCUCAACUUGAUUACAUCCAUGAAUUAUAAACUGUCUGCUGAUCUUGAGAUGUAAAUUUCUCGCAUCUGGAAUUUAUUUUUGGAAACCAAUACAUUUGGAGCCCGUUUUCGGUCUUUCACAAAGUUCAGAACUCUUCUUAGAUCAACUUUGGUGCCACUGUGGAGAUCAGGACUUUUACAACAACCAUCCUCCAUAGAGGAACUUCAGAGUUAUUCAAGGAUUUGAGCAGUCUUGUGGAAUUUGAGACACUUGAUUCCUAGCCUUCAAACAUUAAAAGGACUUUUUUGAAUCUUUGUGGAGCUUAAACAUAGUUUGCUUUUUGGACCUGGUCUCGAAACUGGAAAUUUCUGCAGUCUUGGCAUCAGUAUCUCCGAAUACUGGACUACCAGACCGAUUCCACAAACAAAGUAUCUUGUGGACUCACAAACGUAUCCUGGCACGAACCAACCCUGAGUAAGUGUCAAGUCAUUUUCCCAAAACUUUGAGAUGGCUCAUUCAGGCUCUCGUCCAAACCCGGCAUUCUCGAAAGGAGCUGUUUACCAUAGCCCACUAAGUAUUCAUCAACACAUGGAUUUUCAGAGGGGAAGAGAUGUAGAAGAGGCAGAAGAGGAAGAUGAUGAGGUGGAAGUAGCCGAGGAGGUAGGGGAGGAUGUUUUGAUGAUGGAAGAAGCAGGAGAGGCACAGGAAGUUGAUGAGAGCAUAGAUGACAGGAGGAUUAUCUCAGUAGCCUUGUUAUCAAACGGAGUAAGGAGAGAGGCUGAGGCAAGAGCUCAAAGUCCAGAAGAAAAUGGAGAGGAAGGACUGGAAGUUGCACUUGAAGAGCUUGAUUUGAUAGAUGAUCAGACAAGAGUGAGAGCCGCUGAGGCAAGACCUAAAGACACACAAACAGCAGUUGUGAAUCGACUUCACUUUUCACCGCUGAUCACAGUUAAGAAAGGUCGAGUUCAGAUAUUAGACAGCAGAGAAGAUGAUGACGAUAACAGGGAGGAUGGAGAAAUAGUACAAGAGGCAUAUGCAGCAAGUCCAGAAAUCAGGAUAAAAUGGGGGAAGAAAAACGAUAGAGGAAGUGGGUUAAAGGAAAAUCAGGUAGUGUCGAGAGCUGACGUUGCAGGACAUGUUCGGGACAGAGUGCCUGUUGUUAAAGAGUCAGGAGAGGCUAAACCAUUAUCUACCUAUGACACAGACAAGACAAAAGUGGUUGGUCGACCCACUAGUGGUAAACCCACAGAGAAAGUUAUUAGUCCUGUUCCCAUAAGGAGAAUUCAGGAGGUCAGUAUUCCAGAAGAAGCACGCCAAGCCUCAGUUGCUCACAACAAUGGCAAACCCUUUCAAACAACUGGCGUAAAUAAAGGUGCGUUCAAUCAGGCUAAUAGACUUAUCAGGGAGAAUGAAGACAAAAUUAAAAACAUUGAUGUCAAAGACAGCUCAAAAUUUGGCAAACAAGCAGUGGAGUCCAUUAGUAGUAACAUCACUAAGCAAAAGGAAGUUCACAAAGAGGCAAAAGUUCAACAUCAGGGAACCAAGAAGAUUACUGAAAGGGUAAUGUCUCCUUCUGAAGAUGUAUUUGACAUAAGGAGCAAAGAAAUUCAGAGGGCAGGGAAAUCAGACCAGGUUAUUGACGAAAAGAUGCUGAAGGAGGUUGAGAUAGAAAAACCGAGGAUGGUAGAGCUCAACAAGAGGGAACACGAGGAAGAGCAUUUGCGACAGGUUGGGAUUAGUGCUCUGGCAAUUAUUGUCCGGGAGAGGCAAAGUAAGGAUGAGGACAGAAAGACAGGAGAUCAUCUUAGAAAGUCAUCCAGUGAGGAUGAAUACCCAGAAAGGGUUGCUCAGGUUAAGGCAGAUCUUUCCGAUCAAGUGCAGCAGCAUGUCGAGGCAACACUGGACACAGAGGAGGAUGAGGAAUUUGAACACGUGGAGGAGGCCUUUGAGCUGGAGGAAGACAUCGAUGAUGAACCUGAGAUAAUUGAGGAUGACGUCCUGUCAGAGGAAAUUAUCUCAUCCACAGAGGGAGAAGAUGAUCCGCAAGAGCAUCCCUCGUCUCCCAAAGAAACGGGAGCAGAAUGGAAAGAUAACCUGAUGGAAGUUUUAAGAGAUAGGGCCCAUGUUGAAGAUGAAAAAGGAAGAGGAGCAGAGCAAAAAGCAGAGGAAGGUGUUGGGUUUGCAGAGGAGCCCGUGACUAUUUUGGAUGAUGAGGUUGAAGAGUUGGAGGAUGGUAUGAGUAAAGAAAUUGAACAACAAAGGCCUCCUGCCAUACCUGUCCUUUCUGAGGACACCAAAGUCGAGGUAAAAGAUAAAACAGAGGAUGACGAGAAGCAGACAAAUAAAAAAGAUCAGUUAGAAAUGGACCAAGAAGCAAAAGCUGACAUCAGGCAGUCAGAGUUGGAUAUAAAUGGAAGAGUCAAAGGACUGAAACAAAAAAUGGAGAAUGGGGUCUUGUGUCCUGAGCAGCAGCCGCCAAGAAGAGAGGAACUGGAGGCACCAAAAGUGCUAUCAGCCAGGAGAAAAGAUACUGACUGGAUUAAAAAAGACCAACCCAAAGAAGAGAGAGUAACAAAGGUCAAAGACUGGAGAAAAGAAUUGAGGCCUGUGAAGAAAGACGCCUGGCAAGCUGAGAGAGGAAGAAAGGAACUGGCAAGAGAGGCGCUGAGAGAAGCAGUAAGAGAGGCAGCAAAAUCGCCAGAUAGGAAGAGUCCAGGGAGGAAGAUGGACUGGAUAAAGGAGCUUAAGUCAGUGAUCAAAGACGAAACCCUGACCAGAACCAAAAAGAGGGAUGAGCAGGCAAAGAAAAAACGAGUGGUGCUGCUGGAGGAUGGCCAGUCGUAUACGCCUAAGCCGGACGAGGUGACAGAGGAGAAGGGUGAGGAUGCAAAACUGGUGACCCGCAAGAUGGUGGAGAGCCCUCGGCCUCCUUUGCGCCAGAACUGCAAAACACCCCCUGACCAGGACUACGAGAUCUCCCUCUAUGUCAAGGUAUGAACCAUGAGAACCAACAUAUACUGUAUGAAAACCUUUGUUCUAUAACACUUAAUAGCACUGACAAAAAACAAGGUUUAUAGAUAGUUCCCAGGUCAAGGUAACAGACUAUACCAACCCUCACUUUCAGUCUGGCCCAAUGGUUUUAGUGGCCUUGCCAUGUCCUUAAAUGGGCUAUACCUUUAUUAACUGAGAUUAAGUCAUACGAUUGAUCCUAUGGGUCACACUUUUGGGUGGUUUUGAUGGUUCCAUGUCAGGCUUUGUUCACACAAAGGACUCUGGCUCAAACUGGACUUCUUGACUUUUGUAACAAUGUCUCAUUUGAGCCUGAGGAAACUAACAAAAGCACCCAUAUGUCUCUGUAAACACAGCUACAUUUUGCCCUUAAAGGGACAGUUACUUUUGAAGUGAUGUUCUGGGAGGUACUCAAAGGUAUUACCCAUAGGGAACACCACCUGGCUCAGCUCUUUCGUUGAAUUGGGCAAAAGUCGAGCUGGCUGGUAACAUAACAGAGUUGUUUGGUUGAUAGCUGAGCUGUUUCUCGAAAAAGGGGCUGAGAGAGUUGACACCCCCGAUGCAAGAUUUGCGUGUUUAUGGGUAUCCUGCUGAAUGUCUUUUGUUAGAGCAUGCCAAGAGUUAAGCCAGUAAGCCUAGUGUAAUACCAAAGCUGCCAAAUACGGACCAUUUGUUGUGCAGUCUCCUGCUGCUGCACAAGUUAUCCCUUUAAAACUGUGAGAGACGUAGAACCCAUUCAGUUAACAGUAAUGUCAAUACAUUCAUGGCAACUUGGGAAACCUGGUCUUAGUGCUGUAGUAGAAAUUAAAAAGUCUUGUUCCAACCAACCCAAACAACUCUGGACCUAAAGUCAGGUAAUCAGGGUUCAAGACUGUGUAAACAGGUGAAUGUUUUCCCUUACCCAUGAUGUAAUUUCCUAACCAUAACCAUGAACUUUGUCUUUCAUCAUAACAACCGUAUAAGACAGCAAAAAACAAGAGAUUUCAAUUUGCGUACAAUAGCAAUAGGAUAUAGGAUACUGGGAUACUGCAGCAAUGCAACCCAGUGAGACCCAGUGAGACCCAGUGAAAGCAUUUAAUGGCAUGAGAUCCUGACUCAUUGGGUUACCUAUGUCUUAGACAGAAGAGAGUCAGUUGUACUGGCACUGCAGAGAGCCAAUUCAGUCCAUACAUGGCCAACUUGGGAUAAGAAUUAACAUGUUUCCCAUGGCGGCACAUGAGCUCCAAAUCGGGUAACUUGGACCAGUUUUGUAGUACCACUCAUAAGAGGACUGGCAUGACUGUGGAAAACAGGAACAACAGAUUAAAGCAACUGCUGCAGUAAGCCAUUGUAGUGGGUGAGAUAUCCACAUGAGCCUGAGUGGUCCCGUGGCAUGCCCUUUGGAUAAAAGAAUAAUAACAGAAAACAGCAAAACACAAGACUCAAAAGAAGUCACUGUGACCUUUCAGGGAACAAAGCAACACAAUGCAAAAGCAACUUAAUCUGUUGGCUUGCUCAGUAGACACAACAAACACACAGCUAGAGGUCUCUUGUUGUGGAUUAGUCCUUGUUGGGAACAACUGCUAGUCUUCUUAAUACAACGAGAACAGAUUCACCUCCCAAAGAAGCAAAUCAAUUUUAAAAUAAAACAGCAGAGCCCCAAAAAUAAAUAAUAAAUCACAUGCAAGUGAAGUGAAGUUCAUAAUAAUAAAUGGUGUAACAACUUUUUAUCUGUUGGCGUGAUCUGGUUGUCUUUGGCAUUGAUGCCUUUCUUACUGGCACAUAAUCUCUUGUGACUGAGAGAAAGAGAUGGACAAGAAGUAAGAAAGAAACCCAUCUUGAUCCCCUUACCUUAUCCCAUUAAGACAGUGAUUUCCUAAUCCAUCUGCCAUGGUGGCCUACUGGUUAGUGCAUUCAAUCUAAAGGUUGUGGGCAAUAGCGGCAACAAUUAUGACAUAUUAGCCUAAACAUUACAGGUGAUGAACGUGUCAGUUCACCUCAGUUUCACAGAGGUCAGUUAUGCCUUCCAACUCAGCAGCACAUUUUAAAAUGAGCCUUGAAGAAAAGAGAGCAGCCCUUCGAAGGCCAGCAGAGAGGUUUAACAACAAGAAAAAAAUGUACUAAUUUCUGAGCCCUGCUUCACAUGUGCGCACAAAAAGCUUGUUCUCUGUGGGGGCUCACAUUCGAACAAUGGCGUCCUUUGUCAGGAACUCUGUUGGCAGCGGCGGCUGAGGUAGAUGGAAAAAUUAUGGGAAGGCUCAAGUGUUUUCUGCGCAGCCAGACUCAACAGCACUUGAGAAACACAAGAUAGACUGGUUCAUUUUUCGCCUCAUUUGGGACAAAGAAAACAAACAGCAAACAAAUGUCAAGAAAUAUUUACAUCAUGAAAGUCUUACUAUUUUAAAAGUGUGGUCAAAUUUAGGAUACUUCCCAGAACUCGUGGUCAUGAACACUCAGGCGCCACUUUUAGGGCACCAAUGACUGAUCAAAAGUGCCGCGCUGCAGCCAAAAGCAUGCAGGGUUAAUCUCUGCAUUCUCACUCCGUAAGCUGAUUAGCCUGCUGUUUUUUUGCUGACAGCUCUAGGGACAGUGUUCCCUUGAAACAACACAGACCAGCCACGGACUGUACUGUAUAAACACAUUUAGUUAUGUUUUACAGCUAGGACCAAAAUUUUGAGGUUCCGCUUUCCAAAAAUGUCUCUGAGAAGCUUUUGUGUCCAUUAGACAUGGAGUACAGCUGCCAAUACAAAGGGUCUACAGGGGUAGAGCCCCGCAGUUAGAGAGAAACUACAUCCAACUAACACUUGAUGGAAGGAUAUUUCAAUCAAAAGAUGAAGAUCCAUAAAAAAAAAAACAUAAAACCAACAUGAACAAUUUAACAACAAUUCUUUAAAAGAUAAUGCUGAGUAAAACUCAGAGCAUGGCUAAAUGGAAAGCUAAGGGUGCAACGUGACAGUCAAAAGUUGGAGCGCCAUCUCAAGUGGUGCAACUUGGACCCCCAAUGUCAGCCAUUUAUAUAUUUGUAGUCACUAGUGCUUUCGAAAGUUUAAUUAAAGGGAAUUUCGCCAUUAAACUAAAGGCCUACAAUAAUGGUUUAAGCUUAUUGACACUUAAUGGCAUUACAUGUCUCACUGCUCUUUUUGGAGCUUGUCCCUCCUCUAUUUAGCACUUACUGGGUUAUAUGACCGUCUCCUGAUUAACCCUGAUGUAUUAGGUUCUCAUGGUACCAACACUUAACCCAGAUGAUUUUGGCUUUACUCCAGGUCAUGGAUUUACAAGCAGUGGAAGCUUUGGGUUUAAUUUAUCAUGUUAAGAGUCCACAGUGGAUGCCAAGCACAGGAAUAGCAGUGAGAAGGCAAAAGAGACAAUCUCAUCCGGUGUGGGUGUGAAAACGAUUCGGUCUCAUCUUCCACACACUUGUAACACUGGAUUUAUUGUGUGCAUGUUUGUAAUGGAGCUCAGAUUCCACUGUCGCCCACCCUGCUGAAAAGUGAAGGAACUUUUUGUACUCAUCCGAGCCUCACAACUAAACAUAAACACACACCGGAUAUCAGAUUGUGAUGUUUCCGUGAGUUAAAACCCGGUCAAGGCAAGUAACAACGCAGUUUAAGUCUUGAUCUGGCUUGUUAUAUGUUUGGCGACGAAGAUAGCCUGAACUCUGCUUUGGCUAGCAAUGCAGCGGCAAACAAAAAUAAGCAAGAGCUAUUCAGUCAACAUAAAUCCCUGUCAGCCUUUAAUGUUUUCUCUGUACUUUGGUUACUUUGACUCUGACCCCACAGGGUUUCUUUUGGUCAAACCCUGUGACAAGGGUAAUAAGUCCGAAUAGCAGGAAAAACGCCAGGGAGAACCAGGUCUUAAAUGUCAUAUCAAAUGGAUCCGCCAAAGGGAAUCUGGUUCUAGGGGUGUUCAUACUGAUACUUGUCUUAUCAUCAUCUUAAACUAUUCAUUCAACAUAGACUAAAGGUACAAUGAUCGAUAUGCACCACCUGUCAAAAUUUACCUUUUCAAUUAAAUGGCCUUAACGCUGUUUUUUUUUUUUUUUUUUUUUUUUUGUUCCUUUAAAAAGCACAAAAAUAGACAAAAAGCAUAAAAACUCUGUUCCUUCAUGGUUUUGCAAAAUGAUACUCUCUCUUAGUAUACAUCUCACCAAAAGUUCACCAGUGAGAAAACGUCCUUCUCUGCAUUGUGGUUGAUACACAAGCAGACGCACAUUUUCCUUUGAGACUGUGUUUUUUUAUAUGCUCUAACAAAGAGUGAUUGUGUGCGGAGACACUUACAUACCAGAGAAAACUGAAAAAAAGAAAGCAGUGUCAGGAGCAGGCAGACGGACAGUCAAAUGGACGAACAGACAGAAAUGGUGCCGGUUCUUCAUUUUUGCAGCUUUGUUGGAAGACGACAGAAUAGCUGUUAUGGAUUGACUUAAAAUGGAUUAUUAGACGUUUGUUCUGAGAAGGCAUCAUAUUAUUCAGGUGUGCGUUUUAGAGAACUGAGAGCCUCAAUAAGCCAAAGUGCAACAUGCCUUUGAUUGACACUGCAGUCAAGAAAUUAGGCUUCCCAACCAUUGAGCUGUUUGUAAAGGUAAGCAACAUCACAAUUCUUAAAAUUCUAAUAUUAUUACAACUGUGAUAGUCUUUUGUUUGAGUAUAUCUACAGAGUCCAAUGGUGGUUGAUUUGUCGGGGGAACACAAACUGACUUAACUUCAUUCAUUGUGCAAUUCAAGUGGCCACUUGCUGUGCAAAACCUGUUCAGAUACACGUCAGCCUGAACCAGAUUAUUGCACCAAUUUCUGACAGCUUUCCCCUCAGUAGGUCGUGAUCAUGCUUUAAAGGAAAUGAUAGUACACAAUCAGGUAAAUACACACAGUGGUUUGAUUGAACAGAUUUUUCAUUCUGAGGCAGCAAGUCACUUGUAGAGGUGGGUGGUGCUACUCCAGGCGAGCUGGUUUCUUUGUUUGAAUUAAUCCUUUUUAUGUUUUAAUUUGAACAAGAUAAUUAAACUUAACAGACUUAGACCUGUGAAUAAAUGGACUGGAUAGCUGGACACGGUGCUACAUUGACUUGCUAAUUGUAGUCCCAGUAGUCCAAUGAGGAUCUCCCUCGAGUCUUUGCUGUGUACUUACAGGGAUUUUAACCUUCUUUUAAAGUGAUCAAGGUUCUGAAGCUACGAGUCAUUCAGUAUUGUUCUGAAUGCAAUCAGAUACAACUAAUUAAGGGAUUUCAAUCGACAGUAGUAUGAAUGCAGUUGGGAUGUAGCUUAGCUUAGUACUAGUUUUAUUGGCUGGUAAGUGAAUUUCAGGGAAACAUUUUUAUAUUCAUCCCUUCAAGAAUGAUCAACAGUAACUAUCAAGUGUCUAUCAAAACAACAACAACAAAAAAAACACUUUAAAGAAUCAUAAAUGAUUAUUUUUGUACAUUUAAAGUGAUUUUAAAUUAAUUGUGAGAUUUAUGUCUCUUAAUGUGCAUGUGUGUGUGUACAGGCUGGAAGUGAUGGGGAAAGCAUUGGCAACUGUCCAUUCUCCCAGAGACUCUUCAUGAUUCUGUGGCUCAAAGGGGUCAUCUUCAACGUCACCACAGUCGACCUCAAACGGUAAUACGUUGCACUCACAGAUUCUUACUCUGAAUGUAUUUCUAGCUGUGAAGGCUAUUUUUUCUCUCUUGUAUGUAUUUUAGCCUUCAGGCAGAACAUUUAGUGGACGGCUUUUAUGCUCUGGGAAUAAAAAAAGUCACUCAGGUUAAAAUAACAUUAAAAUAUGACAAUAUGUCAUCAUGCCUGUAAUAUGGAAUCUUUGUUUUGCUUUGUGUCAACAGGAAGCCAGCUGACCUGCAGGACCUCGCUCCGGGAACGAACCCGCCAUUUGUGACAUUUAAUGGCGAGGUCAAGAUUGACGUCAACAUGAUUGAAGAGUUCUUGGAGGAGAACCUGACCCCGCCACGGUGCAGACACAAACAUUCACAUAAUGCAAAAAUACUACGCUAUUAUUAAUAUUAACAUGCCAAGAAUAUGCUCAGUAAUAACAUGUAGUUAAUUGGACCAUAUAAAGGGGUGAUUGUGGUUCUUUAUGCUGGUUGCUCUCCAUCAGAAAAUGAAGGUAAGAUGAGGAAGAAGCAAUCACAGCAUGAAGUUAACAGCAAGCUAGCUAGCUGUACCAAUAAUUUCUAUUGUGAGGGAAAAAAGCCUUGUUUGCAAUAAAUAAAUACUUAAAUAUUACAAUAAUGUCAUUACUUGACUUCUCUGCCUUUUACACCAGCUACCCCAAACUGGCUCCCAGACAUCCAGAAGCAAACACAGCCGGCAUCGAUGUUUUUGCAAAGUUCUCCGCUUACAUAAAAAAUUCACGGAAAGACAUCAACGAGGGUAAGUAAAGAGAUUAGUGUGGUUGAUAGGCCACCAGUAAAAAAGAGAAAUGUUGAUAAAAACAAUUUAUAGGGGAUUAUAAUCUGUAAGGGGAAGAAAGAAAGAUAUAUCAAACAAAUUGAAGAAAACAGACACAAAGCAAACUUGCAGACCUGAUAACAAAAAUCACCAGAUUUUGGAGGAACUAACUUGCUAUAAAUCUUUGAAGUAUUUAGAGGAGAUGACGUUUGGCAUCUUUUCCUCAGAUAGUCAUAAUAAGGAAUUAAUGACUGUAAACUUUGCUUUAUCUGAUCUAUGUGAAAUAGGUGGCUGUUUCCCACCAUGUUCAGCGUUAUUAAUUCAACGACAUUACCAUUUUCUACCAAGAAAACCUUUUCCCUGAAUGAUGUUGGAAAGCCGACAAUGAUUGUUUUAGAUCGAGACCUCUAUCUUACACUCAUCCAAUUAGCCGCCCUAAGGAGCUUUAUCAUCAUCUGCACUUGUCUCUUUUUGUACUGUCUUUCAACUAAAGGCUUGGAGAAAGCUUUGCUAAAGUCUCUCAAGCGUCUCGAUGAGUUCCUGAGGACUCCCAUGUCUGAGGAGAUUGACGCUAACGCCUCAGGAGAUGUUCCCGAGUCCACCAGGAGCUUCCUUGAUGGAAAUGAGCUUACAUUGGCUGACUGCAACCUGCUGCCUAAACUCAACAUCUUGAAGGUUAACCAGAGAAACGAUAUGUAUUUGAGAAUAUCUGAACUGCUGGAAGCCUAAGAUUGACUCACACUCUUGUGUUUAUUUUUGUUUGCAGAUUGUAGCCAAGAAAUAUCGCGGCUUUGAGAUCCCAGCUGACAUGACAGGAGUGUGGAGAUACUUAAACAGCGCCUCCAAGAGGGAGGAAUUCACCCGAACCUGCCCAGCUGAGAGAGAGAUUCAGUUUGCUUACCUGGAUGUUGCAAAACGCAUCAAAUAAGAGGCAGGGUGGCAAAUUAAGGAGAGUAUUGGGGUAAACAAAUGAGAUAAAGAAGAUAAGAGGAAUACUGCUCAAGUAAACUUGGGAGGGAUUAAUACGGAGAACACAAAGUCCUGGAUGUAGGGUAGACAGAUCCAGACAGGUAUAAAAACACUGAUCAAUUCCUUUUAAUAUCUCAGCAACAAGACUGAAAUGAAAUGCCUAUUACCUAUUUGAAUGGGUGCAGGUGUGCAUGUGUGUGCUCUAGGUGGCUGAGUUGCAUCCUCGUGACUUUUUUAACAAUCUUUACAAAUGAUGAUCACCAUCUGGUAGAUAAGAUAUUUUAAUAAGAAUUACAUCCUGUUUUUCUAUUGUUUUCUGCAUAAAGAUGACGGCAGGCCAAGUUCACUGCAAAUACGAAACAAUGACUGCUAUUAUAAGAUUAUAAUAUAUUUGGUGAUUAUAAGAUUUGAAAUGUAAUCAAAGCUUUUCAAUUUGCAUGUACACUGAAAUCAAACACUUAAUCUCAUUUAAAAUCAUGUACACUUCAAUUUUUUUAACUUUAAGGUAUUUCCUUAAUUCUUCAAUCAAUUAUUGCCCUGCGAUUUAUGCAUCACAGAAGUAAAUGGGUGCAUGUAUUUAAAGCAUCUGUAUGGAAGUUUCUGUUGGCGCCUCCCUGUGGAAAAAAUGAUACUAAUCCAUUAAAUUUGAGGUAUUUUUUCCAAACAAAAAACCUAAUCCUGCUUCCUAUGAGUCGUCAGAUUUAGCACUCACUGUGAGUAUUUGUGUUCAGAAUUUUGCACAUUCAAGAAACUGGCAUACUGUAUAGCAGUGUGGUAGAUCUACAAACAAAGGACACGUACAAAAGUGGAAACAAAGCAUUACAUGAGCAAGCAAACCAUCAGCCACAGAAAAGCCAACUUAAAAUAGAACCACAGGUUUCAGCGGCAGCUAAUAUUUUAACUAAAACAUAUAAAUUACCAUAACACUGUUCUGCUGACUCUGCUAAGUAAUUUGAAGGAAAAAAAAAGACCAAAAACUCCUAAGGUUGUAAUAAAUGUGUUUUCAUUUGGAAGAAUAUCUUAGCUAACAUACUACGCUAACAUUUUUUUGAAAUUUGCUAACUGUAAGAAUUAUCCUUAAAGCCUUACUAAUGAAGCCCAUACAUUAUUUUUAUAACCCUUCUACACCCACAGUCUGGUCUCACACUGAGUGUGGACAAACUAUGUAUAAAAUACAUAACCCUAAUCUUUUCCUUGACUGACUAUCUGUCUUUAACUGUAUUGAUAAAUCGGUAGCAGAAUCAAUUAAAAAGUCAAGUGUUUAAUGACAGGGUCGGAUUAGUUCAGGCCUUUGUUACUUGUACAUUUUCUCAAACAGCUAAUUUCACUUAAUGUUCACUUUCUACGCUGAUGAUAUUAGACUUUUUCUUCAUGUUGUGAUUUUAUUUGCUGUUUGUCUUUUUGUACGUAGUUCGACUAAAAAGCUGAGUGUUGGUGGGCCUUGGUACUGGAUGGUUUCACUGAAGUUGACUUUUUGAUUUUUCAUUUAUGUAGUUUAUCCUCCUGUGUUAACAAGGAUGCAAAUGUUUUAAUUAACAUUGCCUAGUUCCCUUGAAUGCAGCUUUAUUUCAUUAAAUCAAUUGUUUCAUUGUUGGACAGAUGGAGUUUAGUGUGUGGGGUUUCUUUUUUGGACUAAACCACCACUCUGACAGACGCCAUUCUGUGUUUGGCAGCCUACUGUGUUCUGGCCUUACAUCCUCACUGGGGAGAAUCUUUAAUAAACUGAUUUUACCACAUUA